AUGGGAAAACAUGAGGGAUGGGCGGAGCCGAGUGCACCUUUGCCUAAUGGCCUGUUGCCUGAACCGGGUCCUGUGAUGGGGGCACUGGAUACAGAGAGAUGGAUAAAGGCAGAGGAGAGGACUGCAGAGCUCAUUGCCCGCAUUCAGCCCAACCCGCCAUCUGAGGAGUGCCGAAAAACAGUUGCAGAUUAUGUUCAGCGGCUCAUCAAGAAGUGCUUCUCCUGUCAGGUUUGUACCUUUGGCUCUGUGCCCUUGAAGACCUAUCUACCUGAUGGCGACAUUGAUUUGACUGCUUUUAGCCAUGAUCAAAAUUUGAAAGAUACCUGGGCCAAUCAGGUUCGAGAUAUGCUAGAGAAUGAGGAGAAGAAUCCGAAUGCUGAAUUUCAUGUGAAGGAGGUUCAAUAUAUUCAAGCAGAAGUGAAGAUUAUAAAAUGUCUAGUGGAAAAUAUAGUGGUAGACAUAUCAUUUAAUCAGGUUGGUGGGUUGUGUACCCUCUACUUCCUUGAUGAGGUCGAUAAUUUGAUAAAUCAGGAUCACCUGUUUAAGCGCAGCAUAAUAUUGAUUAAGGCAUGGUGUUAUUAUGAAAGUCGUAUAUUGGGCGCUCAUCAUGGACUCAUUUCUACUUAUGCCCUGGAGACCUUAGUUCUUUACAUUUUUCAUGUUUUUAAUGGAUCCUUUCAUGGACCACUUGAGGUCCUUUACCGUUUUCUGGAGUUCUUCAGCAACUUUGACUGGGACAAUUUUUGUGUUAGCUUAUGGGGACCUGUGCCCAUUAGUUCCCUACCUGAUGUAACUGCGGAACCUCCUCUGAAGGACAGAGGAGAAUUGCUUCUCAGCAAGCUGUUUCUUGAUGCUUGUAACUCCGUGUAUGCUGUUUUCCCUGGUGACCUGGAAAAUAAUGGACAGCCAUUUGUUUCCAAAUAUUUCAAUGUAGUCGACCCUUUACGUGUGAACAACAACCUGGGACGUAGUGUUAGUAAAGGUAAUUUCUUCAGGAUACAAAGUGCAUUUGGAUAUGGAGCUAAAAGACUGGCUAGAUUACUUGACUGCCCUAAAGAAAAUCUACUUAAUGAAAUCAACCAGUUUUUCAUGAAUACAUGGGAAAGGCAUGGCAGUUGCCACUGGCUUGAUGCACCUGGGACUGAUUUGUUUUUGAGAUUACCAACUACGCAUACUCUUCAUGAAUAUGAGAAUUCUAAGAAUAGUGUCAAUGGCAAAAAGGUAAAUGACAUCUAUUCUUUUCAUGCAAUGGGUGGCAAAGGGAUUCAUGCACAUAAUGAUUCUUCUCAGCAUGAUAAUUAUUCAACUGGAAGCAUUUCUACUACGAGUGAGUUCUCUGUGGCCUCUCAAACUCAACGAAUAAAAAAUCUUGCCAAUUUGAACAGCAUGAGGGGCUCUGAUCAAAUUGGAAGAGACAAUGCUUCCCAUCAGGUUGUGCAUAAUGAUAAAAUUCGAAGAGAUCUGACGCAUGGGCAUUUGGUGAAUGACAUCCAAGGAAGGUUUGUUUUUACUAGAACACGCUCUAGUCCAGAACUGACUGACACAUGCGGUGAUGUCUCUUCUGAAAUACAGAGUAGUAGAACAGAUGUUGCUAAGAUGCAUGCUAAUUCUGUGAGGCUGGAUACUAGUAACAAGAAAAACCUCGUUUCUGAAAGUUUGGCAAGCCAUAGCAGUCGAUCAUCUGUUGAAGAUACUUCAUUCACGAGGCAUGUCAUAUCCCAUCGUAGUGUUCAUACUGAGUCUGAACCACUGGCAAGCCAUAGCAGUCGAUCAUCUGUUGAAGAUACUUCAUUCACGAGGCAUGUCAUAUCCCAUUGUAGUGUUGAUACUGAGUCCAACAGUGGUUCAAAUAGCCAUUGUCGAGAAUCGGGCUUAGAUGCCUGUAAUGAAGAGCUAUCAUCCACUCCUGGAUCACAGGGGACUCAUCACGAAGAAAAAGAUUUUGUGAACAUGUUGGCAUUUGCUUCACAUCAUGGUUUGAAUAGUCAGAUUCCCUUGCCAUUUAACAUAGCUUCAGCUCAUAUUCCUUUUGCAGUCCCACCUUCCUUUGUCGCUUCAAUAGGAUAUACUCAAACAAAUCUGCCUGGACUGAUUCCUACAAAUAUUCCUUCCAUUGAUCCCUCGCUUUCGAACAUGCAAUUUCCUCAGGGUUUUGUUUCACCUCAAUUUACUCAUUAUUUCCCUGGCAAUGGACACUCACCUUCUGAAGAUUCAAUUGAUCAAGGAAAUGAAAACUUUGGUCUGGAGAUGAACUCUGGAGAAGCAGAUAAGUUCUGGCAGGAGCAGGAUGUUGACUCCUUUGGUGGCCGUGACCCUGAGAAUGGAAAACCUGUUCCUCUUCAGUUGGAUAAACAGCCAGAGACAUUAUCUGGUCUAAAAUACGUGCCUCCGUCCCGAUUGCGUGGCUCUGGCAAUUCUACGAGAAUCCAGCUAAAACAUACUGAGGAAAAAAGUGGAUCAAUGAGGGAAAAUAAUGGUAGUUACCCAUUGCCGGUUGCUAUAAAUAGUGAAGUUUACCCGGACGAAAGAUCAGGAAGUUCAAGGUCCAUGUCUGCUGCCGACAGUAAUUUUUUGAGAAAUAGAACCUCAUCGGAGAGUUCCUGGUUUGGAUCAUCAGUGGAGAUGUCUAAAUCCACAGAGGAAAACUGGGGAAAGAAAAAUGUUUUUAUUGAACCAAUGCUCAUUGGUCCUGGCUCUAGGCAGAGAGUGACAGAUAAUUCUGCGCUGAUUUCAUUUUAUCCUACAGGGCCACCAAUCCCAUUUUUAACAAUGCUACCAGUUUAUAAUAUUCCAUCUCAGGCAGGUGGAAUUUCUUAUGCAUCAACUGGCCAUUUUGGAGGUUAUGAGAGUUUAGAUACCAGUGAAUCUGGUCAAAACUUUAGUUCUAAUGGAUUUCAACAAUCUGAAGAUUUAAAUUCUUCGAGUUCUUUGAGAGGGACAACUGCUGUUGAGACAUCUGAUGAGCAGAAGUCUCUUAAUAGCAACUUAGCUAGCCAUAUGCAAAGUUUGCAAUUUGGAAGGUUUUGCCAAAAUCCACGACAUGGCGGACCUGUACUCCAUCCCUCACCUGUAAUGGUUCCACCUAUCUAUCUGCAGGGUCAAUUUUCAUAUGAUAGUCCUGAUAGACCACUUUCGACCGACAUGAAUCCUGUCACUCAGCUUAUGACAAGUUAUGGGCACCAUCUGGUUCCUGCUGCUCCCCUCCAUUCGGUUUCCGUUAGACCUCCUCGUGGGUAUCAACACUACGUGGAUGAUAUGCCAAGAUAUCGCAGCGGGACUGGGACUUACCUGCCUAAUCCCAAGGUUUCUCAUUCUGUCAGGAAGCGUCACUCUUCCGGUACAAGAAGGGGGAAUUAUAAUUUUGAUAGGAAUGAUAGUUAUGGUGAUAGAGAGGUGAACUGGAAUGCUAGUUCAAAAUCAAGAUCCACUGCACGUGGCCACAACCGCAGCCAAGCGGAGAAAUCAAACUCAAGAAUUGAUCGAUUGGCUUCCGGAGAGAGCCAAGCUGAGAGUGGAGUGCCUCCAAAUGGACCUCCCGUUCCACCUUUGGUGAUGCUGUAUCCAUUUGAUCAUGAUGCCACAGAGUUUGGGUCUUUGGUCCCAGUAGGUUUUCCUGGUAUAAAUGAGCAAUCGCAGCUGAGUGUGGGGAGUCGAGCAUGGGCAUUUGUGGAACGCGGAUUGAGUAGGGGCUCUGGGCCACAAUCCUCACCAGAUCGACAGUCUUCUCCUCAUCAUCCGAGGUAA